GAAAAAUGUAUACACUCAUGAGUUGUCACAGGCAAAUUAUCAAGAAAACUGGUCUCCUCUCCCUCUCCUUUCAAUCCCACCACUAUUCUCACAGCUCUCCACAGAUUGAAGCCGCAGUUGCGGAAAUCUGCAAGACAUUGAAGCAUAACAACUGGCAAUUUCUGUUGGAAUCGUCGCAUUUUCCACGAGACUUGAAUCCAGACGUGGUCCAUUCGGUGCUGCAAAGAAGCCAUUUUUCGCUUAAUCCGCGGCGCCUUCUCGAUUUCUUCCAUUGGUCGACUCAUCAUCUGGGUACUGCUCAGACUCUCCAUUCCUAUUCGAUUCUUGCAUUGAUUUUGUGCACUUCUAACCUUUAUGCACCUGCCAUAACUCUGCUCUCCGAAUUGGCUGAGGCCCAGGUCCCUGUGUCCGAUAUUAUCGACUCAAUUCUUAAACUUUGCAAUGAAUCUGAGAGGUUUCGAUCGAGGGGGAUUGUGUUUGAAUUGUUGAUUGAUGUUUAUAGGAAAAAGGGCAUGUGGAAUGAAUCUGGUGCUGUGUUUUUGGGGAUAAAGGGCGGUGGUUUUAGUAUCAGUUUAUUGUGUUGUAAUUCUCUGUUGAAGGAUUUGUUGAGGUGUGGGAGAACGGAGUUGUUUUGGAAGGUUUAUGGGGGAAUGUUGGAAAUGGGAAUCAAGUUAGAUGUUUACACUUAUGUGAGUGUUAUCACUGCUCAUUGUAAGGUUGGGAAUGCAAGAGAAGCUAAAAGGGUUCUAAAAGAGAUGGAGGAGAAUGGGUGUGAUCCCAACGUGAUUGCUUAUAACAUCGUUAUCAAAGGGCUAUGCAGAAGUGGUGCCAUUGAUGAUGCUCUGCAGCUGAAGAUGGCAAUGGUUGAGAAGGGGUUGGCUCCUGAUCAAUAUACUUUCUCAAUAUUUAUUGACUGGUUUUGCCAGCAUAAGAGAGCUUCUGAGGCAAAGUUAAUUUUGCAAGAGAUGUAUGAGACAGGCAUAAACCCUGACCAUAUUGCAUAUUCUGCAGUGAUUAAUGGGUUCAUGAAAGAGGGUGCUGUGGAUGAGGCCUUUCAAAUCAAGGAUGUAAUGGUUUCGCGAGGAAUUAAGUUGAAUUUGCUAAAUUAUAAUGCUAUAAUACAUGGUCUUUGCAACAAAGGUAACAUGGAGAGGGCAGAAAGUCUAGUAUUUGAGAUGAUUAAAUUAGGAAUAAACCCUGAAAUCCAGACAUACAAUUACCUGAUUUAUGGGCAUAGCCGAGUGCGUAAUAUGGAGAAGGUCUCGGAAAUUCUGGCUUGGAUGAAUGAAAGAAACUUGGCACCUUCAAUAUACACCUUUAAUGCUAUAAUAGAUGAAUUGAGUCACACGGGAAAUCUCGAACAAGCUCAUCUGUUAUUGCGCAAUCUAACUGAAAGAGGUGUCACACCUAAUAUUGUUAGCUACACUACCAUUAUAAAAGGUUACAUGAAAGAAGGUAAAUAUGAAGAGGGUAUGAGGAUAUUAGAUGAUAUGUGGGAGAAAGGAAUGGUUCCUGAUGUUUUUUGCUAUAACUCUAUUAUUAUUGGUCUUAGCAAAUCCAAAAGGAUGAGUGAGGCACAAACUUGUCUCAUUGCAAUGCAGAAGAAGGGAGUGAUACCAAAUGCCUAUACAUUUGGGGCUUUAAUUUCAGGAUAUUUGGAGAUUGGUGAGAUGGAGAUUGCAAAGAAGUACUUUGUGGAAAUGCUUGAUCAAGGUAUCGUUCCUGAUCUUCAUAAUUAUACAGCUUUGAUUGAUGGGCUUUGCAGAAAUGGGGACAUAGUGCAUGCUUUUUCCAUAUUCAAUAUUAUGCUAGAACGACGUCUACUUCCAGAUACACACAUUUACAGUGUGCUUAUAAUGGGCCUUUCAAAGAAUGGGAAACUGGUAGAAGCAAUGAGAAUCUUCUCCAGCUUCUGUGAUAAGGGGUCUGUCCCUGAUAUAUAUGUUUACACUUCGCUCAUUUCUGGUUUUUGUAAGCAAGGUGAUAUGUCAAAGGCUUUCAGUCUUUUCAAUGAGAUGUCUCAAAAAGGUAUCACUCCUAACAUUGUCACUUAUAAUGCCUUGAUGGCUGGGCUGCUUAGGUCAGGUGACAUAGAGAGAGCCAAGGAGCUAUUUGCCGGACUGUCUGAUAAAGGUUUGAUACCAAACAAGGUUACAUAUGCUACAAUGAUUGACGGGUACUGCAAGUCUGCAGAUUUGGAUGAAGCAUUUCGUUUGUUUAAAGAAAUGCAACUCAAGGCUGUUCCAGCUGAUGGGUUUGUUUACAAUGCUCUUCUCAAUGGAUGUUGCAAAAAUGGUGAUACACAGAAGGCUUUGUCUCUAUUUAAUGAAAUGAAAGAGAGAGGUAUAGCAUCCGUACUUACAUUCAACACAAUGGUUGAUGGAUAUUGUAAGUCAGGAGUUUUGACCAAAGCAUUUGAGUUGAUCAAAGAUAUGAUUGAUAAGAAAAUUAUGCCUAAUAAUGUGACCUUCACAAUCUUAAUCAGUCAUUGCAGCAAGAUAGGUGAGAUGGAAAAAGCAGAGAAGCUUCUUUCAGAGAUGCAGAAGAGGAAUAUAGUGCCAACAAAUCUAACAUACACUUCCCUUUUACAUGGUUACAGCAAAGUAGGGGACAUAUCCAAGAUGUUAGCCAUAUUUGAGGACUUGGUGGCAAAGGGUGUUGAGCCUGAUGAAGUUGUGUACAAACUGAUGUUUGAUGCAUUCUAUGAAGGUGGGAAUUUGGAUAAAGCAUUAAAAGACUGGAAUGAACUUUUGGGCAAUGGUGUAUUAAAAGGAAAGGUUAGUGAAAUACUGAUAGGAGCAUGGUCUGGAGAUGAAGAUAUUUCGACUGUACUAGCAUUACUUGCUAAAAUGAGUGAGCAAGGGUAUAAGCCUAGUGUUACUACAUGCAGUAUCUUGACCUAUGGUUUGCAAAGAGUAGGAUACAAAGAAGAACUACAUAACAUUAUUGAUGCUAUGGUGAGCUACGGUUGGGUUCCUCCAUCAAUGAGUUUAGUUGACUUGGUCAACCAAUACCAACGAGAAGAUAUCCAAAGUGAUCAUCCCCUGCAAGGAGCACCUGGAGUUGCUUGUCAGAUUUAAUCUUAAUUGAGAUGAUAUGGCUUUCAAAAUUUUUUACCAUCAGAUGCUUCAUAAAGCAUCUGAUGCUGCUGUUCUCUCCAUAUUGGCAUUGAGUAUUCAUCACUUUUCUUCCAGAGAUCUUUACAAAUUCAGCUGUACUGUUAGGCCCUGAUGAGAGAAAUUGGAACGUACAACGAAACUCUUCUGUCACAGGUAACAGGCAGAGCUUGUGCUGAAUGACAAACUUAUGCACUUCACUAAUGUUGAUGUUCAAGAUAUUAAGGCCCCAGUUAAUUCCCCUUUUGAGUUUCGGCUCGGGCAGAGUGUUUCAUGCGUUAGCUGGGACCUGAUCCGCGUAGGCCCAGGGUGAACAGUCAUCCUUUAUGGCAUGGUCUACCAGAGUGAGGGUAUUCGAUCCUGUUCGCUCCCCAUGGUUUCGACCCCAGCCAUCUACGGAACUGCACCUUGAACUAAAUCAGUUUUUUCCAUAAAAUUUACAGUGGACGAGAUCACAAGGUAUUAAUUUUACCUAUGUUGAUGGCUUAUUGAGUUUCUGUGAAUAAAAGUUAUGUAUCAAGAGGAAUCACCUCUGAUGAGUUUUAUAUGCUUCGUUGAUUGCUAAAUAUAGAUAUGUGAGUUGGCCUAACUCUAGUUUUACGUUAACAAUCUAUACCAACUUGUUUUUGUGAA